AACGGCCCCACGAGGCACCGGAAGUGGGUGGGGGAAAGUAAGAGUAAUUUUGGCGGGAAGUGGCUCUAUGGGCCUCCUUGUUUAGAAGACGACUGAAGGGAGCUACGCGGGCGCUUCUGAGCUCUGCGAGGUAGGUGAGGCUGAAGGAAAAUGGCUGUCAAAGACAACCCAGUGGGUUUCAUGACAAACGGAGAUCUGAGCCUAGUUCCUCUGUCUUUCAUACGUCAGCCCUGUGAGGUAGGUGAGGCUGAGGGAAAGUGAAUGCCCACAGGCAGUGCAGUGAGUUUCAUGGUUUGGGAGAAACAAUGCAGGCCUUUCUGAAAGGUCCAUCGUCAAUCAGCACAAAACCUCCACCUUCUAAGGAACGGGGAGCAGCUGCCACUUCAGGAAGCAGUGGGGAGGGCAAGAGGGUCAGACCCAUCCCUUGGGUGGAAAAAUACCGCCCAAAGUGUGUGGAUGAAGUCGCCUUUCAAGAUGAAGUUGUUGCUGUGUUGAAGAAAUCCUUAGAAGGAGCUGAUCUCCCCAAUCUCUUAUUCUAUGGUCCUCCUGGGACUGGAAAGACAUCUACUAUUUUGGCAGCAGCUAGAGAACUCUAUGGGCCUGAGCUGUUCCGGCAGAGAGUCCUCGAGUUAAACGCAUCUGAUGAACGUGGAAUACAAGUCGUUCGAGAGAAAGUGAAGACUUUUGCUCAGCUGACAGUUUCGGGAAGCCGUUCAGAUGGCAAGCCGUGUCCCCCUUUUAAGAUUGUGAUCUUGGAUGAAGCGGACUCUAUGACCUCAGCAGCCCAGGCAGCCUUAAGGCGCACCAUGGAGAGAGAGUCCAAAACGACACGUUUUUGCCUUAUCUGUAAUUAUAUCAGCAGGAUAAUCGAACCCAUCACGUCCCGGUGUUCUAAGUUUCGUUUCAAGCCCCUUUCGGACAAAAUCCAACAGCAGAGACUUCUAGACAUCGCUGAAAAGGAGAGCGUGGCAGUCAGCAGUGAGGCAAUCUCCUGCCUUGUUCAUGUGUCUGAAGGAGACCUGAGAAAAGCAAUCACGCUUCUUCAGAGUGCAACGCGACUAAUGGGCAAGAAAGAAGUGACAGAGAAAGUUGUCGUUGAAAUUGCAGGGGUGGUACCUAAAGAAACGCUGGAUGGAUUACUUGCUGCCUGUCAGAGUGGUUCAUUUGAAAAACUGGAAGUCGUAACACAGAAUCUGAUCAAUGAAGGUUACGCGGCGACACAGCUCAUUAAUCAGCUCCACGAUAUCAUUGUUGAGAAGGAAGAACUCAGCGACAAGCAGAAAUCUGUUAUUGCAGAGAAACUUGCUGAGGCAGACAAAUGCUUGGCAGACGGUUCUGACGAGUUCUUGCAAUUGAUCAGCCUCGGUGCAGUUGUGAUGCAGCAGCUCACUCAAAAUAGCUAGCUGCCGUGCGAAACUGACUCCUUGACGGUUCUGGCCUGGAUCCGGGUGUCCUCAAAUUUUGAUGUGGUUUUGGCAGAGCACCUUUGUGUAAGCGCAGAAGCGAAGAGGCAAGCAGUCUGACAGUUUUACCACUCGCUUGGAUCUUGCCGUUACAAUCUCGGUUCAAGGAAGGAAGGGAAUUCCUAUUUUCUGUACUACAUUUUUUAUCUUCACGCUUUCACCUAUACAUUAGAAUGAGUGAUUGUAUUUGGAAAUUCAGUGUUGCUUGUGAUACCUUUCAUUAAAUGUUCCUUCAGUUUGUAA